AUGGAAACAGUGAAAGCAGACAAAUAUGAAGAACGGCAACUGAGGAGCAAUGUCAUUUCGCAACCGCAAGCCAUUGAUCAGACUGAUGUGGAAACGACGACACAAUUUAUUCAACCAAAUCAAGGAAAAACCUCUAAUGGGAAUUUGCCGAAUGGUCCGGUCAUUUCAGACAUGACGCCACAUGGGGACACACAGACAGAGUGCCUUGGUGCCACCGAGGAGGUCUGUUUGAAUGGCCCUGUGCCUCCAACAGCUCUUCCUCAGAGCGCCAGUUCACCCAUCAACUCCAGUCAAGAGCCCUCUCCAGGUGUGGCCGCUUUCCCACCCAUGACGCUAGAGAAGUCUGAAGGGGCUAGUACUGAGCUCACAGGGCACUCGAGUGAUGCACUGCAGUCACUCAGGCUCAGUAUGCCCAUGCAGGAGACUCAAUUGUCCAAUAAGAAGCCGUCACUGGAGAUGGAAAAUGAAGAGAAGAUUCGAUAUGAAGCCCGCAGACGUCUUGAGGAGCAGCUCAAACAGUACAGAGUGCAGAGACACAAAGAGAGGUCUCACCGCCCCCAUACUAAGAGCAGAGCUUUUAGUACUUUGGAUCCAGAGCUGAUGUUGCAUCCCGAAGCCCUGCCCCGGGCCAGUACUGUCGCCAUGACCACAGAAUAUUCUUUCCUGAGAACGAGUGUCCCCCGUGGUCCUAAACUCGGAAGCUUGGGCAUUCCUCCUGCCAAAGAGAAGAAGUCCAGGUCUCCUCGUCCCAAUAAAAUCCACUCUUUGGCUGACUAUAAGACUCCAGAGAAUGAUGGCGGUGGAGGAACAGGUGGUGGGGGCGCCAGGACGAUGGAUAACUCUGCAGUUUUACAUCACACCAGUAUUAGUUCGGUGUCAACGGUGUCUGAGGUGAGCAUUAUAUCGGAACGCAGCCCACGUGAAGUUCAUGGACAACUUGGUGCUUCUCCUCUGUCCAUUGAUGAUGUCUCGGAGGUUGACGGCAGUGAAUCCGGGACAAGGCCAGGGACUGAUGGGAAUGACAGUGACAGCUCAUCCUAUAGUAGUGUGUCAACCAGGGGCACAUAUGGCAUGCUCGCGGCAGCAGUUGACAGACAAGGGUCCUACACAGUGGAAGGGAGGCAGAUUGCUGCAGAAGCCAUGGGUCAAUUCCCCUCAUUGAAAGAGGUGUUGCAGGCCGCGAGCGAAGAGCAACAUCUACUAGAGCUGGAGCAAGAUCGAGAAAGUACAGCUGAGCCACGAAGCCGCCGGGACAGCUUUUCAAGCAGUAUUUCUAUAGAGAGCUCUGUAAUGGGCCAUGAUGAAAUGCUUCAAGUUCUAAAAGAGAAAAUGAGGCUUGAGGGCCAACUUGAAUCCUUGUCAUCUGAAGCUAAUCAGGCACUUAAAGAAAAAACAGAACUCCAGGCCCAGCUCGCUGCUGUGAACGCACAAUUACAAGCCAAAAAUGAGGAGGCUCAGGUCAGUCAGCAGAAGCGGGGAACCCUCACUAAAGAGGUCGGUACUUUGAAGGAGAACUGCAGCCAGCUGGAGAAGGCAAUGGUGGAGCUCCAGGGGGAUAUAGAGGGCAAGAACGCCAGUCUAGCUUCUUUGAGCACUGACCUGCAAGUGGCUGAAGAUCAGUAUAACAGACUGAUGGGGAAGGUUGAGGAGAUGCAACAAACUAUAACAUCAAGGGAUGGCACUGUUCAGGAGUUGCGUCACCAGAUGGGUGGUCUGCAGGGUCAGCUUCAGCAGGUGCAGCUGGAGCGUAGCACCUUACAGAGUCGACUCAAAACUUCUCAGGCUGAAAUAGACUCACUCCAGCAAGUCAGACAGUGGUACCAGCAGCAGCUCGCUGUGGCCCAGGAGGCCAGAGUCCGGCUACAAAGUGAGAUGGCCAACAUGCAGGCAGGACAGAUGACACAGUCUGGGGUACUUGAACAUCUGAAACUGGAGAAUGUGACGCUGUCCCACCAACUGAGUGACACUCAACAUCGAUCCAUCAAAGAAAAGGAGCGCAUUGCUGUUCAACUGCAGAGCAUUGAGGUUGAUAUGCUGACCCAAGAAGCUGCAUAUAAGCAGAUCCAAGAUGCAAAAACAAUGGUGGAGGACGACCUGCAGCACAAACUGGAAGAGUUAGAAGCAGAACGAGAGGACUUACUGAAACUGGCCAACACAGCCACUGCAUUGGAAAGAGAACUUGAACUGGUGAAGCUGACUCUCUCCCAGAAGGAUAUGCAGCUGCAGUCACUGCAGAAGGAACAUCUGGAGCUGAUGCGACAGCUUACCACCACUCAGGAGACGCUUCAAACCAAAGAGCAGUCCAUUAACCAGCUGGAGGCCCGCUACAUGGAGCUGGAGGCUCAGCUGGCUGAGCUGCAGACUGAGACCAACGCUAAAGACGAUAACAUUCAGUUUCUCCAAAAUGAGAAAAUAGUUCUUGAGGUGGCGCUGCAGGCAGCGCGGGCCGAAAAGAGUCAACUCGAUGAAGGGGCUGAAAAACUUGGAGAAGAGGUCCUCGUGGCCUCAGACAUCUUGGAUGAGCUCAGACAAGAGGUCAAAGUCAAAACCAGCCAGAUCGAAACUCUGCAACAGGAAAAUAUUUCAUUGAAGAAACAAGCUCAGAAAUUAAAAGAGCAGUUCACGCAGCAAAAGGUGAUGGUUGAGGCCUACCGCCGGGAUGCGAGCUCCAAGGACCAGCUCAUCACCGAACUCAAGUCGACCAAGAAGAGGCUGAUGUCGGAGGUGAAGGAUCUGAAAGGGCAGCUGCAGGGAGUCCAGGAGGGGAAGCAGAGGGUGGAGGUGGAGCAGAGCCGGCUGCAGCAGGAGGUGGUCCGGGUCCAGGAGCAGAUGACCAACAUGGAGGCCCAUCUCGAGGCUAUUCAGAGAGAACGGGAUGAGCUGGAGGGUCAAGUACAGUCUUUACAGUUUGAUAGAAGCCAGCUUGUGUCGGUGACAGAGGAAAACGAGGGCCUGAGGAAACAGGUGGAGCAGAUGGAAGGUGAAGCCAAAAAAGCCAUCUCAGAACAGAAGGUGCGCGUGAAGCGGCUGGGCACAGACCUGACCAGUGCCCAGAAGGAGAUGAAAGCCAAACACAAAGCCUAUGAAAAUGCAGUGGGCAUCCUGAGCAGAAGACUUCAAGAAGCUCUCGCUGAAAAGGAAGUGACUGAGGCAGAGCUGGUCAAACUGAAAGCAAAAGUCUCCGAUGGAGGAAACACUCAAGCCUUGCAGGAGAAGAUUGAAGCUCUCCAGGCUGAGCUAAAGGCUGUGAAUAACAGCAAGUCUAUGUUGGAGAAAGAGCUGCAAGAAGUAAUCACCCUUACCUCUACAGAGCUGGAGGAAUAUCAGGAAAAAGUGCUCGAGUUAGAAGACGAGCUUCAAGAGGCAAGGUGCUUCAAGAAAAGGAUCCGGAAAUUAGAGGAUGCCAACAAGAAACUAGCUUUAGAGUUGGAACAUGAAAAAGGGAAAUUGGCUGGUUUGGCACAGUCCCAUAAUGCCUUGCGGGAACAUUCUAAUGUUUUAGAAACGGCACUAGCAAAAAGAGAAGCAGAUCUUGUACAGCUUAAUUUACAGGUUCAAGCUGUUCUAAAACGUAAAGAGGAGGAGGAUCAGCAGAUGCGGCAGGUGGUCCAGAAACUGCAGCUAGCGUUGGAAAAAGAGAAAUCUAAAGUGAACGAACUGAAAGAACAGGUGGCAGCAGCGAAAGCAGAAGCGGCUCAUAACAGACGACACUACAGGGCGGCCAUGUUGGAGCUGUCUGAGAUCAAGAAGGAGCUGCAGGCGAAAGAGGGUUUGGUUCAAGUUCUGCAAAAAGAAGCCCAGCAAUUACAGGCUCAGGAUGAACAACAUGCUCAGGAAGUUUCGAAGUUUCAAGAGGAUCUGUCUGAGACUCGAUCACAACUGCAGAUUCUACAGAAACGUCUCGAUGAGGAACUGGCUAAACAACCUCUCACAAACCAAGAGGUUGAAGACUUGAAGUGGGAGGUGGAGCAAAAGCAGAGAGAGAUUGAGGCUCAGAAGCAGCAGACGGAAAUGAUGGAGCAGUGCCACCAGAGGGAGCUGGACAACCUGCAAACCGCUCUUCAUAGCAUAAAGGUGGAACUUGAGACGGUUCAGGAGGAUUUGAGUAGUGCCAGAAAAGACAAGUUUAUGCUCCAAGCCAAAGUGGGAGAGCUGAGGAACAGUAUGAAGACUUUACUCCUGCAAAACCAGCAGCUCAAACAGAACCGUAUGAGAAAGCGCAUAGAGCUGAAGAGUGAGGGAAACCCUUCCAACCCAGUGACUCCAGUAAAAAUCCCUGACUGUCCUGUGCCUGCUUCUCUUUUGGACGAACUACUGAAGCCAUCCACUGCUGUUAACAAAGAGCCGCUCAACAACCUGCACAACUGUCUACGGCAACUUAAGGAGGAGAUGGACUGCCUUCAAAGACAGAUGGAGGAGCACACAGUAACAGUUCAUGAGUCAAUAAACUCGUGGCCUAACGGUGAGGAUGAAGACGCUCUGCUGGAGCCCCAGAAAAAUGGUCCCACAUCUUUACCGCUGCUAGGAAAUAAUAACGAUGCCGAAUCACAAUCCUAA